AGCCAUUAUUAUAGUCAGGUUACAGCACGCGAACACGCAGCUCAGACCAGCGCGCGGACCCACACUGAGCACGCGAGGACACAAUAUGGGGGAGUGAUGGCGGCGUCAGACUGCUACAUCGUGCACGAGAUCUACAAUGGGGAGAAUGCGCAGGACCAGUUUGAGUAUGAGCUGGAGCAGGCACUGGAGGCCCAGUAUAAAUACAUUGUUAUCGAGCCCACGCGGAUCGGAGAUGAGACGGCCCGGUGGAUUACCGUGGGCAACUGCCUGCACAAGACGGCUGUGUUGUCAGGCGCCGCUUGCCUCCUGACACCACUUUCACUGCCCGUUGAAUACUCGCGCUACGUGGCGUUGCCCGCGGGCGCCCUCAGCGUGGCCUGCGCUGCCCUCUACGGGAUUUCGUGGCAGUUUGACCCCUGCUGCAAGUACCAGGUGGAAUAUGACAGCCAAAAACUCUCGCGGCUGCCCCUGCAUACACUGACCUCCUCGACGCCCGUGGUAUUGGUACGCAGGGAUGACAUCCACAGAAAGAGACUCCAUAAUACGAUAGCACUGGCGGCCCUGGCGUAUUGCGCCAAGAAGAUCUAUGAACUCUAUGCGGUAUGAGUGCACUCUGAAGAGGAUUUAAGAACCAACAGAAAAAGGAAAAAACAAACAAAAAAACAGAACCUACCCACCCCCAGAUGUAAGAAAAGUGGAAGUCACGAUCAGGCCCAGCAGUUAGCGCCACAUGUGGUGGGUGCUUCCAUUUUGAACUUUGAUCAGAGGGAUAUAGUUAAAACUAGAAGGAAUUGUUUUUUUCCCUUACAUUUCCUUUACUUCUAUGUGACAACAACAGCACACUUAUCUCUGUAGUACCCUUGCGCCUCCUCCCCUGCGCUCUCCACCUGCAUCCUUGACACGCAAGAAGCUAGUUCACAAGGGUAUGGCAGCAGUUCCUGCGGACUGAAUUGUAUUGGAGUGCCGUGGACAGACAUGUUUUGUGUACCAAACUCUUUCCCUUUUCCCUCGUAGUUUUACUGUACCCCUUUCUUGCUGAUCAGUACAUCACCCUUCAUUAAACAUUAGGAUAUUUCAAACUCACUUUUCUGUACUUUACUUUUUUCAUUAAAUGCAUUCUACAUGAUGUCAUAAAAGAGCAGAUGGCUCAAACGUAUUUGAGAUUGUGUCUUGUUCAUGUAGAUUUUCUGGUUUAAACAAAUGCAAGGAAGAUCUUGUGAGACAAAGAUGUGGCUCAAUGUCCUCUUUUGAAAAAAACUACCAACUUCUACUAAUGUAUAGUACAUGAAGAUCAAACCAAACCCAAUAUAGCGACUGUUUGACAGCACAGUUAUUACUCAGCAAAUUCUACGUUCCUACAUCCUUCUAUAUACUGUGUUUAUCCCCAGAGGCAGCAAUACUGAUUAUGAGAUGAAAAACAAGUAUAAAUGAGGUGAGGGAUGAUGGAAAAAGGAGAUUUGGAGAAACUGGAUGAUGAAGUGGAAUUUUGUUGUUUGAAUUAUGGUAGAAUACUCAGUGACAGUGAUCACAUUGCAGACACUAAUUUAAAAGUAACUAAUUUUAAUCUCCAUUACAAGCAGAACAGCAGAUUGUUGAAAUACAUGUAAAUGUAUGUGAAAUAAAUUCCACUGAUUUGUUUCAAACAGGAGUCUGUAAAGCAUUUUCCACCGACUCUAACUGCAGCGCAGUUACAAAGAGUUCAGUUUUUCAUGAAAAUGUUCAGCUGUUGACGUUGAUAAUUGUCCUACAAUUCAAUACAAGUUGCUUUUGUUUUUGUUUUUUUUAAAAAAAUAUAUAUGUGGUGCUUUCAUAGGUAAAAUGUAUAGUUUCUUAAUUGUGCACAGUGUAUGAAAGCACCUCAUCAGACAACUGAGACCCCGGCUGUUGGCUUUAACCGGGAGAAGAUUCCAUUUGCAAACUGCUAUUUUGUUCACAGUCAAACAUUGACUUUGCAGCCUCGGCCUCGGUGUGUAUUGGCUGCUGUAUGUGGAAAACCACAGGCAUGCAGCUCUUGCAUUUCCUGCUCAGUCAUUUUGAAAUUGGAAAAAAAUAAAUAAAAUGCAAUGAUGCACACUGA